GGGCAUGCAUCUAAAAAAGGGAUAUACUAUGUGACAUCCUCUUGAAGAAACAGACAUUUCGCCUAAGCUAAAAACAGCGCGUCAAAGAGUAACUGAAUCAAAGCAAGUAGAAACAAAAAGAAAAACGAUGUUGCUUCUUCGAUUCUCGAUUCAACGAGCGAGAAAUCUAAAGGCCUUGAAGCCUUCGAUCUUUGCUUUAAGAAGCUCUUAUUGUUUCUCUACUGGUGCAGCUGAGCCUUCUUCAAGGCUACCCAGCCCUCCGAGAGUCCCCAAUCUUAUUGGAGGAAAAUUCGUUGAUUCGCAAUCAUCUUCAACCAUUGAUGUGAUAAAUCCUGCAACACAAGAAGCCGUGUCACGGGUUCCUUUGACUACGAACGAAGAGUUCAGAGCUGCAGUCUCUGCAGCAAAGCAGGCUUUUCCGGCGUGGCGUAACACGCCAAUUACGACUCGUCAGCGAGUCAUGCUGAAGCUCCAAGAGCUUAUUCGUAGAGACAUUGAUAAGCUUGCGAUGAAUAUUACUACUGAACAGGGGAAGACCUUGAAGGAUGCGCAUGGAGAUGUGUUCCGUGGGCUAGAGGUGGUGGAACAUGCUUGUGGAAUGGCGACUUUGCAGAUGGGUGAGUAUGUCCCUAAUGUGUCAAAUGGAAUGGAUCCCUUUAGCAUAAGAGAGCCACUUGGUGUAUGUGCUGGGAUUUGCCCUUUCAACUUUCCAGCAAUGAUUCCCUUAUGGAUGUUCCCUGUUGCCGUAACAUGUGGUAACACCUUUAUAUUGAAGCCAUCGGAGAAAGAUCCUGGUGCUUCUAUAAUACUUGCUGAGUUAGCAAUGGAGGCUGGUCUGCCAGAUGGUGUCUUAAACAUUGUUCAUGGCACCAGUGAUGUUGUUAAUGCAAUUUGUGAUGACGACAACAUUAGAGCCAUAUCAUUUGUGGGAUCCAAUACUGCUGGUAUGCACAUAUAUUCAAGAGCAUCAGCUAAAGGGAAACGUGUACAAUCUAACAUGGGAGCUAAAAAUCACGCAAUUGUUUUACCAGAUGCCAAUGUUGAUGCCACUUUGAAUGCUUUAGUUGCUGCUGGUUUUGGUGCAGCGGGACAAAGAUGUAUGGCACUGAGCACUGUAGUUUUUGUUGGAGACCCACAGUCAUGGGAGAAUAAACUGGUGGAGCGUGCAAAAUCUCUAAAAGUAAAUUCAGGAAUGGAGCCUGAUGCAGACCUUGGUCCAGUGAUUAGUAAACAGGCUAAGGAGCGAGUGUGCAGAUUAAUUCAAAGUGGUGUUGAAAGUGGUGCCAGGCUUCUUCUUGAUGGAAGAAAUAUAGUGGUUCCAGGAUUCGAGCGUGGAAAUUUUAUUGGUCCUACCAUCUUAUCUGGUGUCACAGCUGACAUGGAGUGCUACAAGGAGGAAAUUUUUGGCCCAGUUCUUCUUUGCAUGGAGGCUGGCAGCUUUGAAGAAGCCAUCAACAUCCUGAACAGAAAUAAAUAUGGCAAUGGAGCUGCCAUAUUCACUGCAUCUGGUGCUGCUGCAAGGAAAUUCCAAACUGAGAUAGAGGCUGGGCAGGUUGGCAUCAAUGUUCCUAUACCAGUUCCCUUGCCGUUUUUCUCAUUUACUGGCUCCAAGGCAUCUUUUGCUGGCGAUCUCAAUUUCUAUGGUAAGGCUGGAGUUAAUUUCUACACUCAGAUCAAAACAGUAACUCAGCAAUGGAAGGAUUUACCAGGUGGUAGUGGAGUUUCUCUGGCAAUGCCGACUUCACAGAAACUAUAAUGGUUUCAUGUCCCUGCCAAUUUUCAUGCGCAAUGCAAUUUUGAAUCCACAAAUAAAUUAUUUCGUGGUCAUCUUCUGCUUCCCCCUCCGUGUUCCUUCCCCUAAUUGGCCUUUUUAAGCGUGUAGUUGUCUCUCUCAAGCGGGUCACUGAAAAUCGCUCAUCGUGUUAAAUACAAAGCCUGGGAUCAGUUGGCCGGCAUGAAAGAAUUUUGGUGUCAGAAAAGCGGGGAUCCUUUCGCUCGCUUCUAGCCUUCCCUCAUGUGCCGUUCUAGCGACAGAAAUCAUAGAAAAGGGAAAAUACAUGCUAUUGGCAUCCAGAUUUUAGUUUUAGUUUAAUGUUCAUAAAACUAUUGACUUGAAGCAAGAUGCUUGAUUCUUGCUGUUACGGAUGUGAUGUAUCAACAGUAAUCCGAAAGGAAAGGCGUGUAUAGCAUUCUAUGGGGGUGAGCUAUUUCUAGUCUGAGAUUUUAGUGAAUUAAAAACUUGUCCUGAGCAAAUUUUGAA